AUGUGGUAUAAGGGCUUUGACCCCUGGAAAGCAUCGGUAUCUUCUACGUUAGUAUGGGUUCAUCUCCCAAAGUUACCAAUUGAAUUCUAUAAUGCGGAAGCAGUGAUGCAGAUUGCGGAGUUGAUUGGAAAACCUGUUCGUGUAGAUCGGGCUUCCGAGCUGGGGUCAAGGGCAAAAUUUGCUAGAGUAUGUGUAGAAGUUGAUCUAACCAAGCCCAUGUCGGGACAAUAUACUGUGGAAAGAAGGAAAUAUCUCAUUGGUUACGAGGGGUUACAAAAUAUUUGCAGGCAAUGUGGAAAAUAUGGAAAACCCACACACCUUUGUGACUGUUCAGUAGUCUUCCCAAUGGGAGAGGAAGAGGAAAUAUCGGAGGCACCAGAGACACAGGAGGAAGACCCGGGUAAUGGUAAUGAUUAUGGUGACUGGAUGAUGGUGGAAAAGAAGUAUCGGCGUCCGGUGAAGAAGGGGGCUGUAGCGGGGCAGGAGAGAGGACGGGGGAGGAAUGAGGAUGGAAUCAAGAGAACUACAAAUCGGUUCCAAACGUUAAACGAUGAAGAGGUGGUUGUUGAGGAAGGAGAGAAGGAGUCGAUAGGAGUAAAGGGGAAGCAAGAUGGAGGAAGUGUGGAGGGACAAGGGAGGAGUGAGCAAGAAGGAUCAGGAAGAACACCCUCAAAAGGAGCUGAGAAGGGGGUAGGAAACCAGAAUAAGAAGGAUAAAAAGGAGGAAGGGAAAGGGCAACAAAGGGACAUCAAUAUGGAAAUGCAUGGGGAGAGUGUGUACGUGAAUUCGAGGUUAGAGAAUGAUAAUGCGUCAAAAUAA